UCAGAGUACACGGAUAAUAUGCUAUUUGAUUAAUCCCCUGGCAAGCUACCACAUUAUGUAUUAACAACUAUUGAUUGGCCAUCAACUUGGCCCUAUAAAUAGUUUUGGCCACAUAGUUUAUGGCAUUUGGUGUUCGAAUGUUGGCCAGGCCUCGUCAGGUGCGACGUUGGCUCUACGAGCUGUACGCCUUUUAUGCGAUAUUCAUCGGAGUCACGAGCUAUCGCUAUGACUUUGAGCUGCGGCAAGGCAGGAGCACGAGAUGGACUCGGUUUGUGGCCACUUUGGCCAAUCUGAUAGUAGUGGCCGUCACGCUUGUGGAUUUGCUUGGCGUCUGGUUCGUAAUCCUCGACGUGAACGUUGUUACGGAGCAAACGAUGCGUCUGGAUGCGACCGUGAACGACAUGAUUUGCCUGGUGCGCGUGCUGCAGCGUCUGCCGCAGGAUCGGGCCUGCAAUCAGAUUGUGCUGGAGUUGCGACGCUUGCGGCGCAUUCAUCAAUAUCAUGCGACUGGACAGGAUUCGCAGUUGGAGCAUUGGCUGGAACACAUUUAUCUGGCCAAGAAUUGCAUUAUGUGGGCGGUGGCCAGCUUCCUUCUGGCCUUCAUGCUGCUCGUCUACCAGUUUAUGGGCGUGCCGCCAACUAAUGUGUACUUGGAUCGGCUGCUGCUCAUCCUAAAUGUUCUGGCCAUGGAUGGUCAGGAUGUGGCCAUGCAUAUGCAUUUCCUGCUCAGCUGGCACAUCUGCCGGCUAUACGUGCGUCUCAACAGACGCCUCGGUCAGCUGCUCCGCGGCGAUUCCCCCCCUGUGGACACACUGGAGCUGCUUCAACUGCGCUGGCAGCACGCACGGCUGUCUGACCUCAUGCAGCGGCUCACUUCCGCCUACAAGUUGACCAUGUUGAGCAAUCGCCUCUGCCUGGUCGUCACGGCCGCCGCCCUCGGCUACUAUAUAAGCAUAUUUCGAGCCCAACCAAUUAUCUAUCAAAUAGUUGGCUUCGGCUUUUUCGCCCUGCUUGCCCUGGAUAGUUACAUACUUGAUCUGAUCACCGACUGGACGGUGCAUUGCCAUCGCGAGAGCUCCUGGCUGCUCCGCCAACAUCAGCAGCUACCCUGUGCUGAAGGGCAGCUCUCCAGAGCGUGUGAUUUGUUUACCCUGCAAAUAGCCUGUUUUCCGCUGCAGCUCAAACCCUGCGGCCUCUUAGAGUGCGGCAGGGCGACUUGGCUGAGCAACGUGGCCUGCAUUAUCGUCUGGAUGGUUGUUCUAUUACAAUAUCGCAUCGUAUCCGAAUAAAAAUUGCAAGAAAUCGAAUAAAUUGUGGGACAUACAACAAA